CUAUGAUAUAGUAAUAGCAACCCACUGUGCUACUGUCAAAGUCAAAAGUAAUCUUUUCAAGUUCUUUCGUAUCUGUCAGUGAAGGUUGCUGCAGUGUUUCAGCCAUGGGUCGUGUCAGGACUAAGACCGUCAAGAAAGCGGCUAAGAUUAUCAUUGAAAAAUACUACACCAGACUGACUCUUGACUUCGACACAAACAAGAGGAUAUGUGAGGAAAUCGCCAUCAUUCCCACGAAGCCCCUGCGUAACAAAAUCGCUGGGUUUGCUACCCAUUUGAUGAGGCGUCUCAGGCACUCCCAGGUCAGAGGAAUCUCCAUCAAACUGCAAGAGGAGGAGCGUGAGAGGCGUGACAACUAUGUGCCCGAGGUCUCCGCCUUGGAGCAUGACAUCAUUGAAGUUGACCCAGACACCAAGGACAUGUUGAAGAUGCUCGACUUCAAUAACAUCAACGGUCUGCAACUGACGCAGCCAGCCACACAAGGCGGCUAUGGUGGCAGACGUAAUUAAGGAU